UAGUGAGACAGGAAUUUCUUGUCAUCGCAAGACUUUUACUUACCUUUGUCAUUUUAAUGCAUUGCACUCAGAGCCUGGCUUGGAAAAAAAAAACAAACCACAAUAUGCUCCCCCUGGCUUUUCAGAGAUAAUUUAAGUUUCUUUCUGAAAGGCCUUUUUAUGAGUUCAGAGGCUCCCAGGGCAAGGAUGAAAUACCAGGAGAGCAGCAACAACACCUAACACUUGCCCUGCAGGGUGCUGCUGGUUCAAGAAAACCCUGCAGGAACAAACAUUUUGCCCAGGCAGAGAGCAAAAUGUGCCAUUGCAAGUUCUCAUCACAGUGCCCACGUCCUGCACCCUGUGCCAGCCACGAUCCUCCUGCCUGUCUUUACAGCCCCUCUGCCUCUCAGCUCGUGGAGCAGGCAGGGCUGAGUCAUGCUGGGCAUGCUCUGGGGGAAACCGUCGCCUCCAGCCCAUUUCUUGGAAACUAAUAAAAAAAUAAAUCCCAGAAAUGUUGCGACACAAUUGCUGCUUCUGCUUCUGGGUGGCUGUUGUGCUGCAACAUCUCCACACCACACAGGCAGCUCUGCUUGCAGAAAAAUACGGCCCCAUCUUCACCCUCCACUUUGGGUUCCAGAAAGUUGUGGUCCUGACCGGGUACGAAGUUGUGCGAGAGGCGCUUGUCAACUACACAGAGGAGUUUGUAGACAGACCAUCCAUUCCAAUAUUUGACCAAAUUCAGAAUGGAAACGGUCUGUUCUUCUCCAUCGGGGAGCUGUGGCGGGGCACGCGCAGGUUCACCGUGUCCAGCCUGCGCAACCUCGGCAUGGGCAAGCACCUGAUGGAAGGCAGGGUCUUCGAGGAGCUGCACUUCCUCAUCGACAGGAUCAAAUCCUUCAAAGGGGAACCCUUCAGCCUGCCCUCCUUCAACUGCGCUCCCAUCAACGUCACCUUCGUCCUGCUCUUCGGGGACAGGUUUGACUACAAGGACCCCACGUUUCUCACUCUCUUAAGACUCAUAGAUGAAGUUAUGAUUCUUCUGGGAUCCCCAAAUUUAAAUUAUUUCAAUUUCUACCCGUUCCUGGGAUUUCUUUUCAAAACCCACAAGAUUAUGCUCAAGAAAAUCGACGAUGUGCGUGCCAUUUUGAGGCAGUACAUGAAGGCAAGCAGGGAGGAUGUCAAUGAGAGCAGUGUGAGGAGCUACAUCGAUGCACUGAUAUUCAAACAGCAAGAGGAGAAGAACAAGAAAGACAGCCUCUUCCAUGAUGACAACUUAAUGGCAUCCAUACUUGACCUGGUCAUGGCUGGAACAGAGACCAUUGCCACCACGCUCCAGUGGUCCAUCCUGCUCAUGAUGAAAUACCCAGAGAUUCAAAAAAAGGUUCAGGAGGAGAUUGGGAGGACAGUGAAGGCUGGGAGCUGGGCCACCUACGAGGACAGGAAGAACAUGCCCUACACCAACGCGGUGCUGCACGAGGUGCAGAGGUUCAUCACCCUCCUGCCACACGUGCCCCGCUGCACUGCUGUUGACACCCACUUCAGGGGCUACUUCCUUCCCAAGGGUAUAAUUGUAAUCCCAUCCCUUACCUCAGUGCUGCUGGAUAAGACACAAUGGGAGACACCACAUCAGUUCAACCCAAACCACUUUCUUGAUGCUGAAGGGAAUUUUGUAAAGAAAGGAGCUUUCCUGCCCUUCUCCACAGGGCGGCGGAACUGCAUCGGGGAGAGCCUGGCCAAGAUGGAGCUGUUCGUGUUCUUCGUGGGGCUGCUCCAAACAUUCACCUUCCGGCCCCAGCCGGGCGUGUCAGAGGCUGACUUGGACCUCACUGUCCCCCAGACGACUUUCACACUAAGGCCUCAGCCCCAGGCAGCCUGUGCUGUCCUGAGGGAAUAACCAUGGCUUGUCCCAGAGCUUUGGGGUCCACGACCCCAGGUUUGCUCAAACUCGCCAUCCCCCCUCCUGCCACACCACCACAUCCCCUCCCACUGUCUCAGGCACUCCCUCCCUGCUCCAUCCAUCCCCCAAGGGCUGCUCUCUGCCCCUGUGCUGUGGGGAGAUGCACACACACACCGUGGUGCCGGCAGUCACUCUCCAGACAGACAGUGCACGGAGCUGCUGCAGGACCAGGCUGCAGCCCACGAGCAGCAGGGACAGCACCCAGGCUCCCAGGGCUCACCCUGCCACAGAAAUCUGCCCAGAAUCCUGAGGAAGAACAGACCAGGCUCUGCUGGAAGCCACAGAAAGAAUCAGUGGGUCAUAUGCUCGAGCCAUCCACAGACACCUCCUGAGCUUUUCCAGAGCCCACAGCAAAAUCCUACCAGGAUUUCACCACCAGGCAGCCAAGGUGAACACCAGGAGUGAAAAAACUGAUUGGUUCAUGUGAUUUGAGGACUAAGUCAUUUCUGCCUUGGAGCAGUGUCCUGGAAGAUGCCCCAGAGUCUGCAAACCUGUUCAGAUGAGUGCUGCAACCCAGCUCAACCCUGCUCCCCAGGCAGAGCAAAACAGGAGCUGCAUUUCUGAGACUGCAAUUUAAACCAUGAGGCCACAUGAGAUUUGCACCAGCAUCCGGUCAUAAAGGGCUAAUGACACAGAAAAAUAAACUACACCCACUGCUGGUUUUACACAUCUCUGUCCUUCCUGACCUUGUUAAACAGCAGCAAAGACUGUUCCCUCUCUUUGGAUAUCCUGGUUAAUGUUAAGAGCCUACACCAACAGUCAUUCUGGUGUUUGGGAUGGCCUGGCCUUUGGAACCAGCUGUGAAUUGCCCUGCAAAUGCAGUCAGAUUUCACAGUGCUGGUUCUGCACACACACACACACACACAGAAUGGGGAUCAGGGAUUAAAUGAGAGGUGGUUUUGGUUGGCUUCCUUCCCUCUGCAGUUCAGCCUGGCUGUUGUCUCCAUCUGCAGCACUCUCACAUGCCAUCAUAUUCCACAAUAUUCCUUAUUCCAGCUGACUUAUAGCUGAGGCAAUUUUCCAUCCAUUUAUCUGCCUGUGACUUCCCACUCCUCCACAUGCAUUUUCUUACCAUGUGCUUUAUCAUUUUGUUUGUUUCCCCUCCAUGGGAACCCAAUAAAGUUUU